AUGGUCCUUGUAAACGUUGUCGUCGCCUGGGAAAAGAAUGCGGAAAUCAAUUACCUGGGGCCCAUCGUCGUGAAAAAAGAUCGCAGGGAUGUUGCUGCACUCGAGGCUAAAUUUGACCGCAUGGUCGCCAUGCUGGCUGCCUCGGGAAGAGAUUCUAGGGAACGGACAGAAAGCGGUCCAGCGAGAUCAUCGUCUACCUUGGAAGAAAACACCGCUGCUCCCGAUGAAACCGAAGGCCAGCUAUUUAUGGAAGUGUUCUCCAAGAAAAUGCUCCCUCUGUUUCCAUUCCUUAUGAUCCCCGCCAAUGUCACCGCAGAGGAACUGCGUCGAGAGAAACCCUUCCUCUAUCUGAACAUUUUAAUGGUCGCGUGCCAAAACCCUCGACGCCAACGAGAAAUCGUGGAUGUGGUCCAAUCGUAUGUGGCCGAACAUAUCGUCAUAAGAGGAGAAAAUAGUCUGGAUCUGCUUCAGGGGCUUCUUGUCAAUGUGACUUGGUUCAUUUCAGUCAGUCGUUUCCCGCGACACAGUUCGUGUGACCGAUCCCCCGAUGUGCCCAAGCUCGAUGAGCCCUAUCAUCACGUUAUUCGAAACACUGCCCAGCUUGAUACCUUCGUGCACUUACUCGUGGCACAAUCAUACAGCUUAGGUCUAAACCAAGAACUGACUUAUCAGAAAAAUGUGAACUAUACUUUGACUUAUUUGAAGGAAGCCAUGAACGAGGACGAUCAGAAUCCGGUUCGCACAUUGGAAGAGCGACGCACGUAUCUUGGGUGCUAUUAUCUAACCACCAUGCUAUCGACAUGUGUCAAAGACUUGGGGCCGAUCAUUCGAUUUACAAGAUACACGGACGAAUGUUGCAAUGUUCUAGAUCAGGUCGCAGAAUAUCCCUCCGAUGCCUACCUCGUACAGCUAGUCCGAGUGAUGAACCUCGCAGAUAGAAUUCAUCACACACUAUACAAUACCGAGCUCCAUUCUUUAUCAGUCUCAUCAGCGCCUCCGCCCCUUGGUCUAAGCAUACGAUGGCUUGAAGCUGAGCUUAAGCAACUCAAAGCUAGCAUGCCGAGCGAGUCACCACACUCUGGAAUUCUACAACUUCAUUACAAUACACUGGAGAUACAUCUGUAUCGAAUAGCCCUCAAUAAUGAACCCUCCAAAUCCAACUACGGUGAUCAUCCUCUAAUCCGACUGGAUAUCCUAUUCCGCUGCCUGGAAGCAACAACCUCCUCUGUCCAAACCAUUCUCUCUCUCCCCUCAUCUCUUUUCCCUUUCCUCCCUUUCAGCGUCAUGUGUCAAUUUGGAAAGGCAAUCAUCACACUUUCCCAGCUUUCGCUCUACGACCAUCCCGGAUGGGACCGCGCAUACGUGGAAAGCAUAAUGGACUUUGAUCAGACACUCGAUCGCAUAUCUUCCAAGCUCCAAGAAGAACGGCCAUCGUUUGAACAGGGUGCAAAAAGCUCUAAAGCUACUGAAUUGCCGGAAAUAUUUGGAAGAAUGGCUAAUCGCGCGAAAAUACUCAAAAAUAUGCAUCGGGGGAGAAAAGAGGCACUGGAACAAAACUCACUGCCCGCAAAUAUGCCCCCGAUGGAUUUCGACUUCAUGAUGAAUUAUCCCCUCGAUUUGAUGUUUCCUUUUGGCGAAACCCCAUCGGUCUAUGGGGAAUAUAGUUGA